AUGGAUUACGCACGCUCAGCAAGCUCUGAGAGCUCCGACAUGGCGUUCCCAAGCGACCCGUCGGAGUUUGCUAACGAUUCGCGCAUCUCUUAUUCACAGCUUGAUAAUACCUACCUCUUGGAGACGGGUAACGGCCAGGAGUUUCUCUGGGAUACUGGUCUUAAGCGCUGGAUCAUGCAGGUCGACGAAGAGCUCAUACGCCAGCAGCAGUCUGGAUACACUUUCGAAGGUGUUGAUGAAACCGAAGUUGUUCAUCCUCGGGAGCUAAAGAAGCGCAAGAAGGCAGCCGACGAGAGCGAUGCACCCAAGGUCAAGAAGCCCCGCGUGAAAGUGAACAAGGCUGUGUGGGUUACCAAGAUCCCACUCGAUGCCCAGAAGGAUGAGAUCCGCGAGCGGUUUGCGAAAUUUGGAGUCAUUGCGGAAAAUGAGAUGGGUGAAGCCAGAAUCAAGAUGUACGAAGAUGAGGCUGGUAAAUUCAAGGGCGAGGCACUGGUUGUGUACUUCCGACCGGAGUCAGUCGACCUCGCGAUCAACAUGCUUGAUGAGACGGAUUUUCGCCUUGGCGUUUCUGACCCUGCUGGGCCCAUGCGAGUGGAAGUCGCCGACUCGUCAUACAAAACCCAUCAGCCGGAUGAUCAGGAAAAGCCAAAGCUUAGCCUGAAGGAUAAGCGCAAGAUGACUGAACAGAAUGAGAGGCUCAAUAGAAAACUCACGGACUGGGAUGACGAUGACAUCGCCCCGGUUAUCAAAAAGCCCACCCAGUACGAAAAGAUUGUCAUUCUCAAGCAUAUGUUUACUCUCAAGGAACUGGAGGAGGACCCUGCCGCUUUGCUUGACAUUAAAGAGGAGAUCCGCGACGAAUGCGCUACCAUUGGCGAAGUCACCAACGUUGUUCUCUAUGACAAAGAGCCUGAAGGCGUAGUUACUGUUCGGUUCAAGGACCCGGCGGACGCACUCACAUGCGUAGAGUUGGCCGGUCGCCGCUUCAGCGGCAUCCCCGUCGAGGCAUACAUUUCGCCAACUCGUCAGAAAUUCCAGAAAACCGACAAUCGACGAGAGUAUUUGGAUGGCGCCGCGGACUCUGCCGACGAGGACGAGGACGAGGAAGAACGCCUCGAGCGAUUCGGAGAUUGGUUGGAGGGUGGCAAUGCUACCUCCAAGUAA